AAGAUGGUGACUGACAAAGUAUUGACAGCAAAGCAAGAAAUUUUUGAAUGUAUUGUGUCAGUGGCCACAGUAUCUCCAAGAAGACUUCCUAGGGAAACGUCUCCAGUACAGCUAGUUGAAGAAACCAUGGUAUAUCUGGACAACAAUGAGAAGCAAAGAGGAAGGGAUGAUUCAAACAACAAAAUGAGUGAGCUUUCUUCCCAGGAAAGCUAUUUCAACUUGGCAGCUUUUGACGAGAAAAUCCCUACAGAACAGAAUAUCUUUAAGUGUAAUGAAAGUGAAGGAAUGAAUUCUCAGUCUAAACUCACAUGGUGCUAUGUGGCCCAGAACUCACAAAGUAGAAUCCUAUAUGAGUGCGUGGACUGUGGAACUUUUUGCCACAGGUCAAAGCUGAUUAGACAUCAGAGAAGCCAUACUGGAGAGAGACCUUAUGGAUGUAAAGAAUGUGGAAAAGCCUGGUUGAAAACAGACCUUGUUAGACAUCAGAGAAUUCACAGUGGUGAAAAACCCUAUAAGUGUUGUGACUGUGAAAAAGCUUUCAUAGGCAGCUCAGAGUUCAUUAGGCCUAGGAGAACUCAUACUGGAGAGAAACCUUAUGAUGGUGAUGAAUGUGGGAAAGCCUUCUGCCAGAGUGCUGCUCUCAUCCGGCACAAGAAGAUUCACGGUGGAGACAAAGACUAUGAUUGUACUGAAUGUGGUAAAGCUUUUAGAAGUUCUGUUCUUAUGGAACAUCACAAAAUCCACACUGGUGAGAAGCCUUAUGAGGGUAAUGAAUGUGAAAAGUCCUUUCAUCAAAGCUCAGCACUCGGCCAGCACCAGAGAAUCCACUCAGGGGAGAAGCUCUAUGAGUGUAAUGAAUGUAGGAAUAUUAGGCAGAGGUCAGGCCUUAUGCAGCAUCAGAGAGCACAUACCAGAGGUCAGCUCUGUGGGGAAGUGGUUGAGUGAAAUACAAAGGAUUCACUUUGAAGGAAAGUCUCCUCAGAAGAUAAAAGUUUCCCGAUAGCAGGACUUUGUCUUUCCAGCCCAGUUCUAUUCUGUAAAGAGAUCCACACAAAAUGCUUGCAUAUCUAGAGAAGAAUUUUAUCCAAAUCUUGUCUAAAAAGAAUGCUAUUUACUAAAAUAAAAUAAAUAAAAGGCUGACCCAUUUCUGGAUGAGGACUCUCACCAAUAUGCUCUUCCUCCCAUUCUCCACUCAAGAUGGAGCUGCCAUUGAGUCCCUUCCUGUCACUCUAAGAUUGAGGCACAGGUCCUGCAAGAUCUCCUUAUCAGGUGGCAAGGAUUACUGUCCAGCCAAAGUAGUCGUGUUUUAAGAGUUCCUGAACCCUGAAAUGUUGAAUUGAGGCUCUGAAAUGUCAUGUUCUGGAUCAGCUUGAUAAUAUCAGAGGAAUGAAAGCU